UCGCGGUGGUUGGGGCGGCGGGGGUGGGUCUCUCGGAUCCUCUGCUGUUAUGUACUUAAUGUCAGGAGCGUUCCUCACCUGCAACCCGUGACAAACUCUCGGUGCCCCCGAUGGGAGGAAAUGUUGGGUGGGCACCUUUCAUGCCACUUGCACGCACAGCCACAGGGCAACAUUGAGCUGCGGGGACACCCUUUGACCGCCGCGCGCCUCCGUGUCUCACUACGAGACGGCUUUGAAGGUCACUGCCAAGACAAACUCAACCUCGCCUAUUUAUGCCCCUGCCUCCAAGUGCCCUCAAGACGCUCGAUUGUCGGCAGCGCGCUGGGAAGUUCCUUUGCAUCUCGUCCGUGGCGCGCACCUUUUUCUACGCGCGUGGAAUGGCAACAUCGGAGGACUCGGGGGGGCGUCUUGCGCUCCCGCCGCCGCUUUGAAGGUCCCAGUUAUUGUGACCGGCGAGAGCUUUUGAACCUCUGACCACCUGCCCGUGGGGUGGCGGGGGGAGGGGGGGUUGCGGGUGGAGGACAUCGGCCCGGCUGUAAUGCUUCUCCCGAGGCUACUCGCGUGUCUCGCCGGGUGCGCCUUGCUCCUGAUGCCGGGCUGCGGAGGCUGCGGGCCGGGCCGAGGCUACGGCAAGAGGCGCUCGCCGCGGAAGUUGGCACCGCUCGCCUACAAGCAGUUCAGCCCCAACGUGGCCGAGAAGACAUUAGGGGCCAGCGGGAGAUACGAAGGCAAAAUCACCCGCAACUCGGAGCGCUUCAGGGAGCUCACCCCCAACUACAACCCCGACAUCAUCUUCAAGGAUGAGGAGAACACAGGUGCAGACCGCUUGAUGACGCAGCGCUGCAAAGACAAGCUGAACUCCCUCGCCAUCUCCGUGAUGAACCUUUGGCCCGGGGUGAGGCUGCGGGUCACCGAGGGCUGGGAUGAGGACGGCCAUCACUCGGAGGAGUCGCUCCACUACGAGGGGCGGGCGGUGGACAUCACCACCUCGGACAGGGAUCGGAACAAGUACGCCAUGCUGGCUCGGCUGGCUGUGGAGGCGGGCUUUGACUGGGUCUACUACGAAUCCAAGGCCCACAUCCACUGCAGCGUCAAGUCGGACCACUCGGUGGCAGCCAAGUCUGGAGGUUGUUUCCCGGGCGACGCCUUGGUCACUGUGAAAAACGGCCUUCAGAAGUUCAUCCGUGACCUGCGCCCCGACGAGCCAGUCCUGACCUUGUCUGGCGCCGAACUGGUGUACAGCCAAGUCCUGACCUUCCUGGAUCGCGACCCGGCGACACACAAGCUCUUCUACAACCUAAAGACAAAAAAUGGGGCGCGCCUCUCUCUGACCGCCGCCCACUUGCUGUUCGUGUCUCAGGGAAACUGCUCAGAGGGGGCGCCGCCCACCCCCGGCUCCUUGAGGACGGUGUACGCUUGUGAUGCCCGGCCGGGUCAUUGCGUACUGGUGGCCGACGGUCCAUCGGGAACACUUUCUCGCAUCACAAGGGUCACAGUGACGGAGAGGAGGGGGGCUUUCGCUCCUCUGACAGCGCAGGGGACACUCGUGGUGGAUGGGGUGGUGGCAUCCUGCUACGCGGUGGUGGAAAGGCAUUCCUUGGCUCACUGGGCCUUCUUGCCACUCAGGCUGAUGCACAGCUGGACUGGCACCAGUGGUUACCGUGGUGAUGGGGUCCACUGGUACGCUGAUCUUUUACACUGGCUGGGGGUGAUGCUGCUGGACUACGGGCACCUCCACCCACUGGGCGUGACCGCAGCCCACAGUUGAGGACAAAAACUGGAGAAAGAUGAUCCAACGGUACCAUGUGAUGGAUCACUGCUAAGCCUCAUGGGAAAUGCUGGAAAAGAAGUCAUAAUAAAUCAGGCAGCCGGACUAUGGGAUCAUAUGCAAAUAAAUCGACUGGUAAAUAAUCCUGAUAUACAACAAUAAAUUACAAAUUCAUUGAGCAAACUGAAAUGGAAGAUAUAUGAGAUGAGAACGAACUCUAACUGAAAUGAAAAGUUGCACACCAACUACACUGAACACAAAUACAAAUGCAACACUUUUGCUCAUCUCAUCUGAAUUUCAAGGUUUUUUUUUUCUUUUUCCAUGUGCACAAAUGAGGUAUUACUCUCCAAUAAUAUUCACAAAGCUGUCUAAAUGUGUAUUAGUGAGUACUUCUACUUUGCUUAAAUAAUCCAUCCACCUCGCUUCAGGAAUCAACGCAAAUAAUCUUCUAAAUGUUCAAAUUAUCACUUCGACGGCAUUCAUUGAAAAUCAUGAUGUCCCAACACUUGCGAGCUAUUGUUGGAACAAUACUGGUGGGCUCCUCAUGUGGUCUUUGCAGCACUUCGUUGGUGACCCCUCUUUUCGAGCGACCUUUCCUAGUGGGCAGCCUCAGGGACACCUGUUCAAUUAUCAUGCCGUAUAAUCAGCCUUUAGAUAUGCCACACCUGUGAGGAGGAGGGAUUGUUUUGGCAAAAGAGAAAUGCUCACUAAGGCAAAUCGGGCAGAUUUUUUUCAACAGUAUUUAAGAGACAAGUGCUUCAUUUAAAUGUCUGUUCAGUAUACUUUCCAGGGCUGUGUUUCCUGCUGUAUGCAAGAUGAUUCCUUCUCCAGUAACAAUGAUAUAUAUUUUAGGAGGAUUCGCUAUGUAUUUAAUAUUUUCUUGUUCACAGAAAGUCAACAAAAAGUUAUGGUGGGAGAGAAUAUUUAUUUGGGGGAAAUAAAUCUGUGGAUAACAUCAUUUCAUGA